AUGCCGUACGCUCGCCCUCCAGCCCCGCCGCCCUUACUACCCGAUUCACCGCCGCGACGUCACAUCCUCUUCCGCCACCCUGGCUACGACGACAGUAACAACGUGCUCUUCAAACUGUAUGCGAUCGACGCGGCGACGGUUGGCAGUCACGACGGCGAGGAAGAGACUUCUCAGCGGCCUGGAACUUCAGGUCUUUACGCCCAAUUCGCACUCGACGCCUGCGCAAUACUCGCAGGGAAUCGUUUCAACGGCUGGCUUUCGACAUCACGCAACCCCGACGAAGCGCGCGACGCCCGAGUCGAUGCCGGUAGCACAUUGGUCGCACGCAGCUAUUACUAUCACCUCGACCGCGACGAUGAUAUCGAUGGACCUGACGGACCGUAUCGCAUCGUCCCCAAUUUUCGCGAAUGGCGUUUUCCGCACGAAGACAUCCCCGCGCAUUGGGUGCAGCUUUCAGCAAACGCGACCGCUCAAGAUUCGACCUUUUCACGCUCUAACCUUACAUUGGCCUUGCAAAUUCGCGAUGGAAGCUGUCGUAUAAGCGGUUAUCGAGAAGAGCUACAGGUUGCGCAUAUUGUACCGCAGGCUGAACUGGAUUGGUGGAUGGCCAACAGCAUGUCCCAAUACAAUCGUAGUUCGACCAGCAGCAUGGACGAUACAGGCAAUGCGAUGCUCUUGCAAGCUAGCCUCCAUAUUGCCUUUGACAGGCCCCGAUUCGUCUUUGUGCCGAAGCCUUCGGGUAACGAUGAUGGGAUGCGUUUAGUUCUCCAUCUGCUCGAGCCUUCAGCAGAGUUCGCGCACCUAUACCACAACCGUGAGCUGCACCAAUCAGACGUCGGCGUUGAGAUGCUGUUCGCGCGCUUCGCAUGGACGCUGUUCCCACUACUAGAAGCUUUCCUUUCGUGUAAAAAGGACCGCCGCUUGACUGUUCGCACCACUUCCCACGACCAGGUUCUCGAUGGUGGAUACUUUACAGCCGCGGCAUGUGAACGGUUCUCCAUGUCAUCAACUAGGACGCGGUCGGUAAGCCCCAAAAAACGCAAACCGGAUGAGGGCGCGAUCGACAGCAAUAGUGUUGACGAUAUUGAUGUCCGUAAGCCCAUCCAACCUUCAGAUGACACAAACACAUCUGGUUUUGCACCAAAUCUCCGAAAACGAUCGAUUGGAUGCAUAGAUCACGAACCCCCUAUGCCUUGUCAAACGCCUGGAAGCAAUAAACGACGGAAAGCGUCACCUGUUCCCGAACAGUCGUCAUUUUCAUCCACGGUAUCACCAACCUCACCAACCGAAUGCUCUACCCACUCCCAUGACGAUGCAGAAGAAUCAUGUAUAGUGGUAUCUCAUAACUCACAAUUAGCACAACAAUGGCUGGAAAAAGAACGUGAACGCUCCGAUCCCGAACAGACUUGGACAAAGGAUAUGCUCUGGGUACAAGAGGUGUGGGCCGGCAAGACCAUAGCCAGCCAUGAAGUUCCGCGGUUUUGGAAUCUGAGUGGGUAUGAAGUGAGGGAUAUGGGAUCUGACGAUUUGUUAGCAGGAGUUGGGCCCGCUGAGUAGGUGAAAUGCGCCUGUCGGACAAUGGGCCUGCGAGCACUUUCGCGGUGUAUUUUGCUUAUUCUAUUGUUAGUUACGCUUCUGCGAACAAUUGGUAGAAGGGCGUUACUAGAUUCGACUAUUUACAAGAUACCCAUAUAUUCUUUUUCCCAA